AUGCCGAAAGAUGCGGCGAAGAAGAAGGCCGAGAAGAAGGCAAGAGUAGCAGCCAAGACGGAAAAGAAGGAAAAGCAGAAAGACAAGAAGCUGUCGAAGAAGCCGAAAACCGACGACAGCGAUGACGAAAACGACGACCUUGAUGCGAUUCUGGCCGAGUACCAAAAACAACAAGAGCAAUUCCUCAAGGUGACCGAGACCAAUUCAGACCCGCCUUCGCCACGGACUUCUGGGACGCUCAUAGCAUCACCCAACAACAACGCCGAGAUCUUCCUCUUUGGCGGCGAGUACUAUAAUGGCGCCGUGGCUUCCUUCUAUAACGAUCUAUACGUCUACAAGGUCAACAGCGGCUCUUGGCGUAAAGUUACAAGCCCAAACUCGCCUUUGCCCCGAUCAGGACACGCUAUGUGCCACGGAGGUAACAGUGGCGGGAUAUACCUUUUCGGCGGCGAGUUCUCAAGUCCCAAACAGGGAACAUUCUAUCACUAUAACGACUUCUGGCGCCUAGAGCCUGGCACGAGAGAAUGGACGAAGCUAGAGGGGAAGGGCGGCCCACCUGCACGCAGCGGACACCGAAUGACCUACUUCAAGCAGUGGGUUAUCCUAUUCGGUGGCUUCCAAGACACGAGUAGUCAAACGAAGUAUCUGCAGGAUGUGUGGCUUUUUGACACUCAAAAGUUCGCCUGGUUCCAGCCUGCUUUGCCGCCUGCGGCGCAGAAACCAGAUGCGAGGAGCUCCUUUUCGCUUCUGCCGCAUGAGACCGGUGCCAUGCUAUACGGUGGCUACUCGAGAGUCAAGAUCGCGACAAGCGUGGCGAAGGCGAGUAAGGGCGGGAACCUGGGCUCCAGGAUCACAAUGAAGCCGGUCCUACACCAGGAUGCUUGGUUCUUACGCAUUACACCGCCUCCCCCCGACGUACCCUCGAGUACCCUACCCACAGUACGAUGGGAGCGCAGAAAGCGGCCAGUUAACACUCCGAACCCGCCACGAGCUGGUGCCUCGAUGACGUACCACAAAGGCCGUGGGAUAUGCUUCGGUGGCGUGCAUGACGUUGAGAAGAGCGAGGAGGGGAUUGAGAGUGAGUUCUUCAAUCAGCUGUUCGCUUGCAACAUCGACCGUAAUCGCUUCUUCCAGCUGAGUCUGCGAAGGCCGCGGACUUCGGCGAAGAAGGCAACGGCGGCAGCGGAGAAGGGUCGGCGCGGGAGAGCAAAGGCAGAUGAGGAGGAACUGCUUCGUAACCUUGCGCUGAUCGAAGGCAAAGGAGCCGUAGAGGUCGAGAUGAGUGAUGUAGAUGGGGUGCUCGGCACUGUUGUGGACGAUGAAGUGGCGGAGAAAGUAGGGAAGCCUCCGAUCUGGGAGAUGCCACACCCACGCUUUAACGCUCAGCUAGCCGUACAGGACGAUGCGUUAUACAUAUACGGUGGCACGUUUGAGAAGGAUGAUCGUGAGUACACGUUUGAUGAGAUGUGGGUUGUUGAUCUUGGCAAGCUUGAUGGCUGCAGAGAAAUCUUCAAGCGUGAGAUUGCCGACUGGCAAGGUAGCGAAGACGAAGAGAGCGAGGAUGAUGAAGAUGAUGACAUGGAAGACGGCGAUGAUGCAGAAGAGGACGGCGAUGGCGCAGAGCCUAGCACACCUGCCACGUCUGUGAGGGCGGAAGAGGACCGGCUGUCUGCAGCAGAACAGGCCGAGUCUAUCGAGGCGGCCACUGAGCCCUCGGAAGACACUGCUUCCAUGUCUUCUGCAUUGACUGACAAACUUCCUCACCCGCGACCUUUCGAGUCAUUGCGCGAGUUCUUCGCUCGCACCUCCACCGAGUGGCAGGACACGGUCCUGGAAUGGCUAAAGUAUCAGCGUGACGUUGAAGACACUUCGGUAAAGGAGAUUCGGAAGAAGGCGUUUGAUCGCGCAGAGCAGAAGUGGUGGGAUUGUCGUGAGGAGAUCCAAGCAAUGGAGGAUGAGCAGGAGGCUGCUGGGAUCAGCGAAGUUGUAGCUUUGGAGCAGAGGGGAGGAGGAGAGAGUAGUGGUGCAGGACGGAGGCGGUAG